AUGCGCUGGAAACUGAGCCUAUCAUACGCAGCGCUCCUGGGAGUGUUUGCAACUCUCACCCUCGCUGCCGACUCAGCAGUUUUCGUGGACGCAGAAACGGGUUUUACUUUCUCCUCGUAUGACGCCCCCUACGUGAUCGGCCGCACCAUCAGCUAUCGUAUUGCUGUGCCGAGCGGUGUGCCGACCGGAACCCCCUUCGACACUGUCAUACAAAUCUCGGCGCCCAUCGAGGUAGGAUGGGCGGGGCUGGCAUGGGGAGGUACCAUGACGGCCAAUCCGCUCACUGUUGGGUGGGCGAAUGGUAAUUCGGCGGUGGCGGCUUCGCGGUAUGCUACUGGCCACGUAGCCCCCACCGUCUAUCCAUCUGCCAUCUACACCGUCCUCCGCAUCGGCACCCACGUCAACGGCACGCACUGGCAGCUCACAGCCAAGUGCACGGGCUGCAGCACCAACAUCGGCAGUACAAACCGCACACUAAGCGCCACGGUGUCCAACCGGCUCGCUUUUGCCUACAGUAAAUCCAAGCCGGCCACUCCAAGUUCCAGCUCUUCGACUUUCAACGUCCAUGAUGUGGCCAACUACUGGAACCAUGAUUUUGCGGCGGCGCAGAAUGCCGAGUUUGCUGCGCUGAUUGCGAAAAAUCAGUGA